AUGAACAACUAUGGGAAAGCAAGGGGGCAGAUUUUCUGCUGUCUCACAAUUGGUGGCUGCUACCUAACCAUACCAGUUGUUCCGGCGAAACCUUCCAUCUUCCUCUGGAAGCAUGGGCACCAGCUCUUCAGUGUGGCUAAGGAAGGCACAAAUCAAAAGCUGCCAAAAUCUGACGAUUAUGCAUCCAAUCCAGCCCCUAUAUCUGAACGUGGUUACACAGAAGAACAAGAAUUUAAAGCCUCUGAACCAACAGAUUCGGAAACUUCUCAUGUGCUAAUUUCAACCCCAAGAUCUGAACUUGAUAAGAAAGAAGACCAGGAGUUUACAGAUUAUAAACAGCCAGCUUCUGGCACACCAAAUGUGCUUAGUCAAAGCCAAGAACCCACACACGAUAAGAUAAAGGACGAGGAUUUGGCAGGACCCAAAACACCAUCAACGGUUAGUCAGUUACCCUCCACUAGUUCUCGAAGUACUCAAGGCCCUCAUGUGAAAUACCUGACAAAGGAAAACAUGCCCUGUUCCAUUACUGAAUCACUGAAGCAUUUUGAAGAGGAAAACUCUACAAAUGCAACUGCCUUAACUGCUCCGAAAUAUCCACCUUCAAACCUUACCCUUGUGACCGUUGAAGGCUGUCCGACUUUUCUCAUAGUUGACUGGAAGAAAAAUGAAAAUGACACUGCAAGCGAGUAUGAAGUUGUAUCACAAAUGCAAGGUCCUGACAACAAAACAGAGAAACUUGUUACUGUUACCAAUCAAACCCACGCUGCAGUGGAAAAUCUCAAACCAAACACUAGCUAUACGUUUUCAGUGACACCUACAAACAAACAUGGCAGAGGCCCAUCUAGUGACUCACUUCCUUUUGUUACUGAAUCAGCGGACCCCAGCGUAAGUGAAUACAUACCAGGAAAGGAUGCAAUCUGGACUCAGUACAGUUUCAAAUUUGACUCGUAUUCAGAAUGUCAAGGCAAGCGAUUUGUUAAACGGACCCGUUACAGGAAAUUUGUCGGCAUUAUACUGUGUAACUCUCUGAGAUACAAGAUUUACCUCAGCAAUUCCCUCUCAGGCAUUUUCUACAACAUCGGAGAUUUAUCGGGGCACGGGGAAGAUCACUGUCAGUUUGUGGACUCCUUCCUAGAUGGGAGAACAGGCGAACAUCUCCUUCCUGAACAGUUACCAAUCAGACAAGGUUUUUAUCGAAGUGUUCGCCAAGAGCCGGUUAUGUUUGGCACAAUAGGUGGGCAAACACAUAUCAAUUAUGUCCACUGGUAUGAAUGCGGCAUAGCUAUUCCUGGGCAAUGGUGAGUCAAACAUCUACAGUACAAGCAAUGAAGAAGAAACAGCAAAGACCAAAGGAACCUAGUCGUUAUAUUCUAUUGAUAUUGUUCCUGAUAUUCAAUGUAAGAUUCAAGUAGAUCAUGUGAUGUACAAAGUGUUAUUUUUAAGCCGCAUUGAAAUGCUUACAUAAUGUGGUACAGGGUCAAGUGUACCCAUUCUAAGGCACAUAAUUGAAAUUAUUCCACAAAUAAAAUGGCUUUAGAACAAUACAACCACAAAAUCGGGCAGUAAAUAAUGACAUCUAUAAGAUGUUAAAAGCAAUUUUCUGACCAACUUCCACUUAAAAAGGCCAGAUGAAAAAAUUAAUGUGCUACUUCCAAAAGUAGUAGUGGCCAUUAGAAAAUUGAUGUAAACAUCUAAGUACACUAAAAGAAAUUCUCACCCAGAGCAUUGUAAAUAACUGAUAGUACUGCCCUGAUUUUUGUAAUCUUAAACCAACAGGCUAUUUGGUCAAUAUGUCCUUUACAGUUUGCUUUAUUUAUCUGAAGAAACCCCCUGAUUAUUUUUUUUUGAAAACACAAGCUUUGAUACUGGGAAGCUGGCUCCCUAAACCAUCAGUUUUGAAUAUAAUUGUUUAAAUGUUAUUUAUCAGGAAUGUAUUUAAAACAAAACAACAAAUUGUAACUUCUAUUCACAAAGUGUUGGAGAAGGGUUUUUUUUUAUUUAGAUUUUUUGUAACAAAUGAGCUUCAGGAAUAGAAGAGAAAUUUCUCUCAUUAUGUGCC